CCCUGAAAUCAAAUUUUCAACCUUUUCCUUCUUCUGCUUCCCCAGGUCCCCUUCAAUGACCACCACGACCACCAAUGACCACCACAACCACCAAUGACCACCGCAACCACCACCACCCAGCAGCUCUGAAAGCAGCGGAAGGCGAUUCAAAGAGACGGACCAAUGUUGAAAGAUGAUCAUAGUUUGCUAGUAGAGAUGCAGCAAAAAUACUGAAAAGUGUAUUACAAGGAGAUGCUAAGAAAUUGGCUGUUGGUUUCAUUAAAAGUAUGUAUUUACUUCCACCUUUGUUGAAUUUUUUACUCGUAGCAUCAAUUUUGAAAAUGGGAAAAGGGUUUAAUCCAAUUUCAGGAAUUUUUCUGGUCAUACUUUGAAAGUUUUGAACUUUGUUUGAGAAAAUUUGAAAUUGUGUUGUUAGGAACGAAAUCUCUAAGAAUUGAUAGCUUACUGUGAGAGAAUUGGGUGUUUAGAAUUAGGGUUUUUCUCUUUUGGGACUUGUUUUUAUGGUGUUAUUGGAGAAUGAGUGUAGAGGCAAUGUGUAUUUGGGGGUAACGUACUCUUAGAGUUAUAAGCUUUGAAGGUUCUUUAAAGCAUCUUGUGCAAGUGUUGUGGUAAUUGGGACAAUGGAGGUUAAAGAUUGGGAAGUUUCUUCUGAUGGAACACAAGAUUCGGAGGUUAAUUUGCAAGACUCCGACGAGGAUGAGCAUCUCUUUAUGUUUGAUUGCAUACCUAAAUUACAGCAAAGGAAAGCUAAAUCCAAGGUUUGUUGGGAUUCGGAGAUGAGAAUGGCGAAGGUUAUAGAAAUGAAAGGUAGAUGUUGGGGUACAACAGGAAUAGUUCGAAACAGUGAGACCUAUUUGUCAAUUGAGGAGACCUUGUUCAUGGCUGAACGAGGAGCUUUACUUCUGGUUAACAGUGAUGAUAUGGUUCUUAGUUUAAGGGAUAUGUAUGGGAUGCUUAGGGAAUGGAAGAAUGGGUGUAGUUGGGAUUCUUUCCAGCCUUAUAAGCACUUGAAGUCACUUGCGUAUAUUGUUAGUCGGCAUGGUGUUCCGUGGACUAUGAAAAAUCACAAGCAUUGUACAUCUCCUACCUGUGUCAGGGACUCAAACAACGGCAGUGCACUUUCUGGAACCGAAUUGGAAGAGGGGAUUUCUAUUACCGAUGGUCUUGGAAAUAUGCAUAUAAAUUAUGAGGCAAAGCCAACUUUUGAUGUGUUUUCGCCUAAUAGGAAAUUUAGGAAGUGUGCUCCUGGUGAACCUAAUUUCGUAGUAUAUUUAACGAGGGAGGAUAAUCUACCGUCGAAGGAAGAGAUUGAAGACCUUGUGGCAAGGUGCAAGGGUGUUGGCCUUAUGGUCUGUCACAUACAACAUGGUCGGGUCAGUUUGUUUUCGCAUAAAGAGACAGAGCUUCCUCUCCUGCCAUGAUCCUCCUAACCUGUGAUAAUUACCAUGGCGGAGUAUCCCAGAAUUUUGAACAUUGUGUUGGCUCACUCGCUUCUCUAAGUUUAUAUGUCUUGAUGUUGAUUUUGUUCAUUAAGCAUCACAAUCCAGCCAUCCCAAUGGCAGUCAGCAGUUGGUCAAAGAUAAGAAACAUCAAAAGUACAGAGUGAAUUUGAAGCACCAAAAGGAUUUUGCUGAUAAUCCCCUCUACUGAAUCGGAGUAUAGAGUGAAUAUGAAGCACCAAAAAGAUUUUGCUGACAAUCCCCUCUACAGAAGCGGAUCUCUAUUGAGGGAGGAAUGAGCCAGGAGUUGAGCGAUUUUAUCCUGUAAAACUAAAGAAUAUCAAUAUCUAGUCAAAAGUAGAUUGUAAUUGUAGAUGCCAAAAUAUGGACCGCCACGUGGACAUAGGGAAGACGCGAGAAACCGGCCAAAAGAUCCUGUACCGUGUCCCGAAAAUCUUCGUCAGUGACUUGUCAAAUCAAGUCAGAGUCACCAUUAUUGACUAGUUGACGAGGUAAAAGCCAUGUGCGAGAUAGUGUUUCAUCACGAAGUAAGCUCCUAGGGGAACAUGGGCUAUGAAGGAUCAAUGGAGUACCCUACAAGAUACUCGCCGCGAAGUAGAAAAGGACGAAGUAAGAUUACCUGGCUGAGAAGACAAGCCACGCAGUAGAUAAAUUAUGGAGUAAGAAAAGAGACAGGUGUCCCGAAAAUCCCAUGUGAGAAUAGCGAAAGAAGGGGAAAAACUUUAUGGAAAAUGGUCUGGGCGAAGUAUAAGGCACCUCCGCGAGAACGUAGCGAGGUAAAGUGAGUUGUACACCAAUUGGGUUGGUUGACCUAUAAAUAGAGGUCCUUGGGAAAGAUGUGAGAGAUCGGAUUUUAGGAGAGUGGGAGAGCUUAGCCUAG